CUUGUAGAUAUGUAGGAACGGGUGACGAGUGCAGAUAGCCAUCGCUUUGACAAUGGCACCUCUUUUUACAGUCUUAUCAUGUUUUGUGUUGACGAGAUUCAGCACAUAGAUUAAUGGGGGGCCUUCGCCUCCUUCCGGUUCACUGUCCGAAUCAUCGUCGUAGUUUUGAUCGUAGUCGUCGCUGAGAUCGCCGUUCACCCCCUCGGAAACAAUACCGGCUGCUUUUUCUUGACGUCGGAGACGUCGUUUGCGCCUAAUAUCUCUUUCGGCUUGCUCUUGAUCUUCUUCUUCCUCGCUUAGAUCCUUGUGCAAGAAGAACAUGGUCCAAUCCUGGUUGCGUGCGUGGGCUUGGUCAGGCAGCAUCAGUUCCGCCAGCAUGUUCUCGUCGCCAGUAAUCGCAACAGGAUACUGGUGUUCCAUAACCGGACCCCUGUCGAUAUCAAAAGAGGCAACAAGGAUAUAUUCGACAUGGUUCUCAGUCGAGCCUCGGGGAUAUUGCGAUCGAAGUUUGCGAUAGUUACGAGCAUCGGCAUGGACGCGCCUGGGGCCCGAGAUGGAAGAAUGUUGUGAGGAUGGCUGCUCUAUAGAUGGCGCUUUGGAGUGGGAGCUGGGAUCGGAAAUGCGAUCCGAGUCCGUCAUGAUGGCGAGCUGCGGCGAUCUCGACGGCCGGGACGCCAGGGACAUUUGCGACGCAGAUGGUGAUAUUGGGAAGGAAGAAAGUGAAGGCUUGCGGGGUGCUGGAGCAGAGGGCCCAUUUGAGUGACUAGGGAGCACCUGAGACCGUGACGUGGUGGGCAAUGCGGCCGCCAUUGCAACGGAGUCGUGGCGUUUGUGAUAAGUAAUAGAACGAGAGCCCAAUUGGCUAUGUUAAGGCGGAUUUUGGGAGGCGAAUUCGGGUAGGCAGAAUCGAGCUGCAAUUCUCUCAGUUGCGCAGAGUCAUAUCGAUAUCGAAAUUGUAGAAAGAGCUUCGAGAAGUUGGACGGGAUUGGCUGCAAGGCGGAUGUUUCAGACGAUUUUGAGACGGUGAGGAGGAGUCGCAGGGAGCUGGUUAGAUUCCCCGCAAUUGACAGUCGGGUCUUUAUUCGCCGACUCUGCAAAGAAUCGAACAGAGGCUCCUCGGCUACGAGAACAAGACUAGGAUAAAUGCUCGUCUUUGGAAGAAGCGGUACGCCAGAGGGGGGCAGUGGUUAACGUAGUUUGAGUUGCCAGCACUCUAGGCGGUGGGGGGUGGUUUUGGCAGACUGGCAGAAAGGGGAAACCUAUGCUCCAUGGUUCCAACGCCCCCGCCGCCUACCCCCUCCUGGAUAGGAAGCGGCGCUAGCGGUGGCCAGUAAAAGAUGCCCAGAGCAAUGGCACCAGCACUAAUUUUGGGCGCUAGGGAAUUUGGGGGAUACCCCUGUAGCCCCUGCAUCUAGCCAUUUUGAGCGCUACCCAUGAGCGACUCGUGCGCUGUGGCGCUACUCACAAGCCACACCUGGGGCUGCCCCUCCAUUUGGGUUUGGGGAGUCCCAAGUGUGGCGUGGUUGUCAGGGUGGCAGCAGGGCUUUGUUUACUUUGGACACACUAGGACCCUGCUUGGCUACCACGUCGACGACGUGCGACUUUUGUCAACUCUAUUUACUGCAAAUAUCGCUUGAGGAAAUUCUUUUCAAAGGGUAGCAUAUUCGUCGACUUACUGUAGCAGUCUUUCACCUACUGCACCCUCUUGCUUCGUUUUCUUUUUACCCAGACGCCAUUGUUCACGUCCCCACCACGCACUGUCUCUUGGCCAACCAGACGCAUUGUCUCUCCCUUGCGCGUAGCGCCGGCCGUCACAAUGUCCAUCUCUGCUUCCUACAAACCUCCGCACCUUUAUGGGUCAUCACCAACCAGAAACUCGCCAUUCCGACGUCCAGAGUCGCCCGUGUCGCCCUCGCCUCUUCGAAUUAGCACUCCAACUGCAUCGCCAUCGAAGAAUACGCCUGGAACAAACAACUUGAGAACACACAGACCGGGAACAGCCGGUAGCGCGCAAUCGAGCUGGACCCCAAAAGGCCCUCAAUCAUCUGACGACGUAUUCGUUUCGCCACAAAGACAAAUGCAUUCGAGAACCCGAUCAACACAGGGCAUGCUCAACGGCAAUGCCCUGUCACAGCUCCAGGCCGGACAGGUUCGGACUCUACGUGAUAGUUUUCAGAUCCUCGACCGUGACUGCGAUGGAGUCGUGAACAGAGACGAUGUUGGCGAUAUGCUGCAACAGCUAGGAUUGCCCGCAGGACCAUCCGAUGUUGCCCAGUUCUUCCCGCCCUCCAAACCUCAAACAAUUGCUCUGGCAGCUUUUCUCAACUCUCUAGCGGAAGCACUGGCUGCGUUGUCUCCAAGCAACGAGCUCUUGUCUGCAUUCUCUGCAUUCGAUGAUGAUGAUAGUGGCCAGAUUGAUUGGGCCGAGUUGAGGGAAGCGUUACUUAAUACUCCCCCAGAGGCUGGAGAACGACCACUCACAGCUGCCGAAGUGGACAUGGUUGUGCAAGGAUUCACAGGACGUCGAGCAUUCAACCGUAAUAUGAAUGCCCAACUGGCUGCGAAGCGAGGAGAUGUAUUCAAGUAUCAGGAUUUUGUCAGUUCCAUCGCAGGCACGCAGGGGACUUCGGAGAGUAAUGGUUCUCAGCAAGAGGCCGGUGCUGUGUAAAUUUCCAGGCUGAGAGGCUGCUGUAUGAGAUACGUGACUCCUAUUAUUAUUUUAUUUAUUUUCUCCAAAUUAGUUGGUAACCAUGAAUAUAACGAUCCAAUAAAGAUCUCUCCUCCGCCGCAUAUGUAUUGUAAACUAAUUUUUCCACAGUACAGUUCGCCAUUUUCAACAGUGAAUGCAUCAUGUAAACUCUUUUCGGGGUUCUUUAAGACCAAUCAGAAGCCUUCGAUGACGUCGGGGUCUCCCACCAACCACCGGCGCUGUUGACCGGCCCCACUGAAUCUUCUAG